AUGACGUUCAGAAGUGACUCUGACAUCCCGGUGCCUUACGGUAGAACGGUUCCUCUACCUUCGCCAGUGGACGUGGACCUGACAAAUGUAGAAGAUGCUCUGUCCAAGUGUAUCCACGCAGUCAAUGCCGAAUGGAGACCAAAUUGCAAUGACACGGACAUCUACAUAUUCUACCUGGUAUUCGAAAACUCAAGUUGUCGCCAGUAUAUGACAGAGAAAUUAUUCCAUCAUGCAUAUGCUAAGGGCGCCAUUCCUGUUAUCCUAGGACCCCCACUGAUAGACUGCUUGAGCCUGUUGCCUCCAAACUCCUUCCUCCAUGUGGAUAGCUACAAAAGCCUUAAAGACCUGAACAGAAAAUGA